AGGCCAGGUUGCUGCCCUGAGGAGAGCAGCUUUUGUAUUUCUGCCCUGUGUGUCUGGUCUCUGUGGCAACGGGAGACACAAGGCUCCAUGGAGUAGCCCCCAAGGCCUGGAUGCAGCCAGUCAGGACUGGGAGUCUGGUUUCCUGGUCCAAUGGGAAGUGCAGAUGGGCGGGGAGGAGAGUUUGUCUCACUGCAGGAGGAGAUUGGGGGCUGGGAUGAGGGGACCAAGAUGCAAAGAUCCACUCUCAGUCAGAGGGCCAAUGAUGCCAGAGCCUGGAGCUCCCCAGGGGCCGAUGGGAGCCUGAGCCUGAGCCAGGGGGAGGGGAGGCUAAGCCACCCCAGCAGGUUUUUCAUGGGAGCCACGUGCUGCUAUAGAUGGACCUGGCAGAGCCUGGUCCAGGGCCCACCACUGAAGGGGCUGGGCAGCUCCUGGGAGCACUGCCUGUGGCAUGAUAUUGCCCAGGACGAAGAGUAACCAGGCUCCUCCACAGCCUCCUCAACCAGAUCAGAGGGCGGGAGGGGCUGGGAACCGAGAGAGCCCCUGAUAGAGAUACACUGGGACUGAUGCUUGUGUUGGCCCAGCCUGGCAAUGGUGCUGGCUGCCUCCAGGUUUGCUCUUGGGGUCAGUGCCUUCACCCACUAUCCCACCGACCUGCCUAAAAGUUCCCCAACCCAGGAUCUCCAUGGACACCAACAUUCUCGCCAUCGCCAUUGCCACAGCCCUUGGGGGAAGAGCUGGGAAGGUUCAGGAGGCUGGGCCCCUGACUGUGCCUUGGUGUGGUGGUGGGUAGUGUCCUCCUUCGUGUUUGUCCUGGCCAUCUUGCUGCUGCUGCUCUACCAGCGGGACCCCCAGUGCUGCCAGUUCCUCUGCUCCUGCCGCUUCUUCCAGGGUCCUAGCCAGUGUGACUGUCCCCCUCCCUACUUUAGCAAUAACCAGGACUUGGUGGGACCCCCAGCCAGAUCCCAGCCAUCAGAGAGGAUGAGAACUAGAGUGCAGGGGCAUUUCCAGAGUGAUGAAGUAUUCUGUGUGGGACUGCCCAACAACUACCAGCUACCCCCCUGGCGCCCCCCACGUCUUCCCAGCUAUGAGAGUGUUCGAAAGAAGGACCGGCAGCAACAGAUCCACCGGCUGAUUGCACAUCGUUUUGGACUAUGGGCCUGCAGAGAGCUUCCACCAACCUAUGAGGAAUCCCUGGGACCGCUCCCUGAGGUGCCCCCCAGUUCUGGCUCUGCCCACCCAUUCCAGAGAACAACUGCCUUCCCUACUCAGAGGAACACCGCAGUGUAGCAGCAAGCAAGCAGCCUCCUCCUGGCCACCUCCUUAUCCCAGCCCAACCCAGGCAGCAAAGAUGGUGCCAAGCUGCCACCAGAGGGGGGCCUCUGCCAAACUCCAAUUGUGCUAGAUGCCCUUUGGUGCCUUCAAGACAGUGCAACAGGAGGAUCUUACUGAUGCCACAUCUUUGGGGACUGCCCCCUGUGGCCAUCCCACCCUCCCUGAAAUUUCUGGUCCUCUAUCCUAGAAAGCUCCCUCCACUGUCUGCAAGGAAGUGAUGGGCCUACAUUACUGCCCAUAAGCACAAAGGGUAAAGUGAAUUACAGAGAGGGGAGUCUUAUUCAAGGCCACAGAAAAAAUAACGAAAAGAUCUGUAAGUGGAUCUUCGGAGUCUUACCUUUCCUGUUCCAGCUUCCUGGGGCUUCUGGAAUGAACAGAAAUGAAGUCUUUAUUCUGGUCUUAGAAAGAAUUCUUGUCUCCGGCCUUGGAGUCAGGAGGACCUGAGUUCAAAUCCGGCCUCAGACACUUGACACUUACUAGCUGUGUGACCCUGGGCAGGUCACUUAACCCCAACUGCCUCACCAAAAAAAAAAAAAACCAAACUCUUGGGUCUCUUCAGGCCACUCUGCUCAGAAACGGCCAAUCAGAGAGGGACCACAGGCACCAGGUCAAUCACUGCCCAUGCCACACCAGAUAGAGGCUGGCAGGUGGACCUCUCUUCUCCCACACAGAGUAGAGUAAAUGCUACAGAUGACUGGAAGGGGUAAACACGCUUUCUAUCCUGACCCUCAAUUUUAAAGAACCUGGGCCUAAGCUACCAAUCAGCUUUUAACCCUGUCUGAAUUCCUCUUCCAUACAAUAUAUUCUCAAAGCCAAGUUUCCUUACUGUCGUUUACAGUAUUAGAGACAAAGGCGUGAAAGCAAUGUGUCUGCAACACUCAGUGUGACAGCUUUGGGUGUUAUCUAGCUCACCAAAAUCAACCCAAAGGUCUAGCAUUCCCUAGGAAGCCAAAAGCUCAGUACUUGCUGAUUUACACUGGGACUUUUCCAUGCUUCUUCUACCAUAAACUCCUCCAGGUAAUAACAGAAGAAAUAAAUGAAGAGAAAAGAGGGCAUCUCUAGGGUUCCACUGUGUGAAGUUGGAGUACAUUAAGGAACUCAACAAAUGUCAUCACUCACCAUCUAAGAAUUAAAGGCCUCUGUCCAUCCAGCCCUGCCCAGAUUUAUUUUCCAAAUGACAUGAACUCACGGUUUGAGCUAAUUUUAUUUUGGACCUCAGGUUUGUCCACCUCAUUACUCCUUGGGUGGUUGCUUCACAUAGUCUCUUCUGUGUUCACAGUCAACCAAACCCACUCUCUCAGGGAGACUUGCUCCCACCCUGAUUCCUUGGCAUCUGGCUCAAUCUUCUGGCAUUCCAGCUCUAGUUUUCAACCAAUGACAUGGCCAGAAGGAUCAGAACAUAGCCACCAAUUUGAAGGUGCCCACAGGCUUGGCAGGG